AAGGUUAAAAAUAUAUUUUACAGUUGUCAUAUUCCAAAUCAUUAGUGAAAUAAAUGUUGAUUCAAAAGUGGGAACAAGCCAAAUUAAACAGCAUUGAAAAAUUUAUAUACAUUAGGAAUUGGAAAUUAAAUCUUAAAAUUUGAAUACACGUUUAGGACUAGCUACGGUACUGUCUAAUUUUUUUGUACGCAGACUCCGAUUGAGAAUCAAAAUUUACAAGAAUCCAAAUCCAAUAUAACUACUUAACCAAAGCAGAACAGUAGAUAAAUCGAGUUUUUACAUAUUUUGGUGGCGGAGUUGUAAACCUCGGAGUGUACAAUAUAAAAAAUUGUUUAUGCUAGUGAAGGUUAUUGGUAUAUUUUUAAAUCGGCAUUAAAGCAUUCGUUAGUAAUCGGAAAUAAAUUUCAUUGCAUGAGUGUUGAUACAUUGCGCUUAAUAUAAAAACAGUAAACACUUUAAAAGUGUUUUCUACACGAAAGAAAGUGCGCAAUUCAUUAAUCGGCUUAUUUAACUUACAUAAAUGUAAGUUAAGAGUAAAUUUUCUUGUCAAUAGGAUAUAGUAUCUUAAAAAGAUCCAUAACUAUUAGUUGAAUUAGGACACAUAAACCGGGUAAACAAUUCCACGUGAUCAAAGCAUGGUAUUAACCGAAAGAGGGGUGUUGUCAAAUUGUGGUUUAUAGUAUAUUCGCCUUUAUUUCGACGAAGUACAAGAAUGAAGAUUUGCAUUAGUUACGAGGAAUUUGUCACGUAGUAGUUGUUAUCCUACAUUUUGAGAAAUCUGAACCACAACCCCGUGCAUUGAAAACAAUUUAUUCGUGUGAAAUUUUUGUAUCGUGAUCUAAUUAAUUUGUAAACCUUUAAGGAAUGUGUGGUGUUUACCUGCUACUGUGAGAAAAUGAACCCUAAUGUUUAUGUUCCAAAAUUAUUGUGAUUUUGUGAAAUGACUCAAAUUCAGAGAGAUACUGUUAUCCAUUUAGUCGCAGGAGGGAUUGCUGGGACCACUGGUGCCAUUGUAACUUGUCCGUUGGAGGUAGUGAAGACCCGUCAACAAUCUUCAAAAAACGGUUUCAUUGUUGUCCGUGACCUUCCCAAUGUACCCGGUGAAACGAACCAACCGAAAACUACUUGUAGAACUGUUCCCGAUCAGAGGCGUAGGUUAUGGACAACAUGUCAAUACAGCCGGCCUCAAGUUGUAGCUCUUUCAGGUUAUUCCUUUACGCCGGCGCAGUCGCUCAGCAUAGUCCAAUGUCUCAAACAUAUUGUGCAACAUGAAGGGCCCAUGGCUUUGUUUAAAGGUCUUGGGCCUAACCUAAUUGGUGUUGCUCCAUCCAGAGCUGUCUAUUUUUGUACAUAUUCACAAGCCAAAGGUUUCUGGAAUGGAAUAUUACCUCCGGAUUCGCCUAUCGUUCAUGUAUGUUCGGCUUCGUGUGCUGGAUUCAUGGCAAGUUCUCUUACUAAUCCCAUUUGGUUUGUAAAGACUCGUCUCCAGUUAGAUUUUAAUAGGAAUAGUAAUGUGACUGCUAUGCAAGUCGUAAGAAGGAUAUAUGCUACUUCGGGAAUAUUAGGUUUUUAUAAGGGUAUAACGGCAUCCUACAUGGGCAUAUCCGAGACUAUUGUCCAUUUUGUGAUAUACGAAGCUAUUAAAGCAGAAUUAAUGGCGCACAGGUCGCACACCUCUGACGAAAAGAGUUCAAAAGAUUUUUUGGAAUUCAUGUUGGCAGGUGCUAUAUCGAAAACUGUCGCUUCUUGUAUUGCGUAUCCACAUGAAGUAGCCAGAACUAGGUUGAGAGAAGAAGGGAAUAAAUAUACAGCUUUUUGGCAAACACUCGGCUUAGUGUACAAAGAAGAAGGCCUACGAGGGAUAUAUAGGGGACUGACUACACAAUUAGUGAGACAAAUACCGAAUACAGCAAUCAUGAUGGCCACGUACGAAGCAGUGGUAUAUAUUUUAACCGCAAAAUUCAAUACACAAUUUUAUGCAAAAGAAAGUGAAUGAAAUAUUUAUUUCGUAGUAAAUGAGGGUACUUUAGGUUUUUGUAAAAUAUUUGUCCAUAAAUAGUAAGUAAUUAUUUUUUUAAGGAAGUUUUUUUGUUUUAUUGUAUAUAUAUAUGUAUUUGUUAAUAUUUUGAAUUUUUUUUGUCUACACAUAAUGGCAAAAAAUUGUUUGUAAAAACCAAUAUUAGUCACAAAGUGGUUAUAUUUUAAGCCAUUAAAAGUUUUUACUUGAAUAAUUGUUUGAUUGCUGUAACUUCUGCAAACACUGAAAAUAUUUUGGCAUUAUACUUUAAUGCUGUCACAAAAAAUGGAACGUUAUCUAAGCUGCCUUAUUUUUCUCUCUACUGUCUAAUGGUAAAAUUACAAAAUACCUUCUUGAAACAUUGGUAUUUUCAUUUACCUUUUUUUAUUUGAAAAUGUUGAAUUGGUUGUGAUAGAUUCAUUGUUGUCAUUUAAAAAUAAACUAUUCAACAUUUAGAUUAGAUUGUUUGGGGAAUUGUUUUGGAUUUUCAAUUUCUCUGCACCUAUACUUGAAAAGAAAUUUUUCGCUUUCAGUAUCUUAUUGUUCUCCUUCAAAAAUAUAUUGACUGCUCCUAAAGGAAACUAUUAUCCUAACCCUUUCGCUGAAAUAGGCAGGUCAUUUGCAGAAUGUUGUCUCAAUGACUUGUUCGCAGAAUCAGUUGUUGAGGUGUUAUUCAACAUAUCCCGUUGUUGUUCUGUUCUAGAAAUUUAGGAUUGGAAGGUAUAUUACAAUAAUUACGUAAAAUAGUUUUGUUUUAAAAAUACACUCUACCUUCGUCUUCUUUAUCUCCAUGUGAAGUAAACGGCACUAUCUUUGGUAGAAUAAGAUCCCUUUAUGGGUUCAGUCUUGUUAAUUAGAACCCUAUUUAUUUGUGUUUUAACUAUUUAAAUAUAUUUUAUCCGUUUCAACUUUAUCUAUUUCUAUUGAUUGGAAGACUUUGUAAAUACAUACUUAUUUAUUUAAUAUUUAAAUCCCCAAAAUAUUUCAUUCGAGAAUCGUUCUAAAAAUGCGACGAUGAAUAAUUUUACAAUAGAAAACACAUUCUAACACUGAAAGUUAAACCUCAACUUUGCUCCACCCCAACUCCACCUCAACUUUGAUCCACCCCAGUAUGACUAAAGAAAUGAGAAUCAGGUAUACGCGGAACAUUAUUAUGUAUUUUAUAAUAUUAAGAUUCACAUUUUAAUGAUAGAUACAUAUAAACUGAACAAAUUAUAAAUUGUACAAUAACUUUUAUUUUCAUAGAUUAUCUCAUUUAUGGAUAUGUAUUUUAAUAGUAUGUUGUAUAGAACAAAUAAUAUAAAACUUCGAUUAUCUGGAUUAAUUCAUCAAAGUCGGAUUGGUUAGGUUAGGUACACUCUUACGUGUGUCUUGUGGUUGGUCUUGUGAAGAAGACAAUCGAUUUUAGGUAAUUUUGUUCAAUAGAAGGAGGUAAUAUGUAGAAAAUAUAUGUUUGAUAAAUCGUAGAUAGAGUCUCGUGAUGGAAGACUUCCAACGAUCCGACUUAAGUUCAACCGAAACUGUUAUUCAAAUCACUUCAUCUCCAUCACUAGUAUAUUCUCUAAUUCAAAUAAUAUUGUCCUUGGGAAAUCACUUGUACCUUUCAGUUUUUGCUAGGUAACAAGCUGUUAUCAAAAUUACCGAAAAUUUGGAAUGUAUGGAACUGUUCGUGAUACUUGUUACUACAACUAUACCAAUACUCAUAAUCACACAGUAUGUCGCGGAUUAAGAUAAUCAAGCUACCUUUAAAAACCAAACCUGAAGAGGCUAACUUGAUUAUAGAAACGUGCAUCAAACAGUGGUAGUAAACAUUGUAUUCAGUUUUAAUCCUAACCACUCUUUCUUAAUUAAUCCUUGACUAGUAAUCAAAAUAUAUAAGCUUAUGUGUUGACUUCCAAAGCUAUAGUUCCUCCAACAACACUGCUUUAAACAUUUUGAAACAAAAAAAGAAAUACAAUUGAAUUUAAACUGUUAGGUUUAUAGUUGUUAUAUAAUUCUGUAAAUGAUAAAAUGAAUAUAUAUCCCUAAAAAACUGUGUAAAUAAUAUGGUUAACAAAGUUGUAGAUUUUAAAUUAAUUUUAUAUCCUAUGGAUAGUAGCUAUCAUUAUUUAGUAAUACCUAUACUGAUUUUUCCAAUUCGUAGAACAAUUUAAUGUGUCUGUAUAUUAGAUUGUUAAUAAUUCUAAUAAUUUUUGUCUAAAUUAUGAGUGAUUUUCUACACAAAUUCUAUCAAUAUCCAUAUCAAACGUACAGUGUUUUUAUCAUUCACCUAAUAGUUUCACACAGACAUCCAGUUGUCUUGCAACAUACACUUUUCACAGGGCCGGAUCAAGAUUUAUAAGGGCCCGGGGCUAAAAUAAUGACGGGGCCCCCUUAAGGACUUCGGAAUCCCGAAAAAAUUCACAAAAUAAUAUCAAUACGUUAGAUUUGUUGUAUCAACACAUCAAAAAAUACAGAAUGAUUUCCAAAUGAUGGGGCCCUCUUGGACCUGGGGCCCGGGGCUAUAGCCCCCCCCAAGCCACUAGCUUAAUCCGGCCCUGACUUUUCAUGAUGUUUUGCUAGAGUAUGGGAUCAUAUAGGGAGCUUUGUUUUUAUUUUUAGCAGGUUGUACAUAUUUGUUGUGUAAUAAUGAAUUGUAUUAAGUAGAAUUAUUUAAUUUCUUCUUUUUUGAUUAAUUGUUGAAAAGAAUGAAAAAUUUGAUAUAAAUAUUACAAAUAAAAUUUUUAGACAAUAAUAAA